AUGGGGUUUAAACACUCUCAUUAUGACUAUUCUCUCUUCAUACAACAAAAAGAAUCACAUCAGGUGGUCAUACUUGUCUAUGUGGAUGAUCUCUUAGCAACAGGAACCAACUUGAAGCUGAUUGAGCAAGUGAGGAAGGACUUACAAGUCAGAUUCAAAAUGAAAGAUCUUGGGGAACUAAAAUACUUCUUGGGCAUUGAAUUUUCUAGAUCAGAAAAAGAAAUUCAAAUGUGCCAAAGAAAGUAUGCACUUGAACUAGUUUCUGAACUUGGUUUGUUAGGUGGACCAGUAACUAGUCCACUAGAGUUCAAUCACAAGCUAACCUCUAUGGAAUUUGAUAAGGUUGUCACCAAGAAUGGUAGUGACAAUGACAAUGAACUUGAAGACAAAGGGAAAUAUCAGAGAAUAGUAGGCAGACGAUUGUACUUAACCAUGACUAGGCCUGACAUAGCCUUUGUGGUUCAAGUUUAG